AGACUUGAGCUUUCUCUGAGAGAGCAUCACGGGAGCAAGCACGCCUCUGAAGUCCCGGGUGCUUUCGCCAAACCCAGCUGUAGACAAUGCAGCCCCGGCCAAACAAGAGGAUCUGAAGCAGGAAAACAAAGAUCAAGAUUCUGAGACGACUGUUUUGAAAUGUCAUCUUUGCAACAGGUCUUUCAAUAAACAACCUGCGCUUGACCAGCAUAAGUCAGACAAGCAUGGUGGUAUUGGGAAGCAGGAGGUUAGGGAUCACGAGGCUCCGAAACUAAAAAAGAUAAAGUGGAACAUUUGCAACAGAUCUUUCGUUCAUCUGAAUGCACUUAAAGAUCAUCAUAGGCACAAGCAUGUUCCCAAAAAGACAAACGAGUCUGAAAAAUGGCUUCCAAAUGCCAGAGUGUUUGGACCCCCCCCUUCCUACAAGAAAUAACACGAGGGAUGAAAGUGAGAGUGGUCUUGCAUUCAAAGUUUGUGAAUGCAUCCCUUGCCACAAAGCCUUUCGUUCUAGAACUGCAUUCUUGCAACACGAAGACGCCAAGCACUCCAUGGAAAUGGCGGAAGCGACAGAGCCUGCAUUUCUGGAAACGCAGGACCCAAAAGACACCGAUGAACCCACCCAUGUUCCCGUCGAGGUCGUAAGGUCAGGAUUUAGAUGCACACCGUGCAACGAGUCCUUCCGUUCUCAGUAUAUACUUGCGAAGCAUUGGGAGAAUGAGCAUCUCAGGACGUGGUGGGAUUUAUUCGACGAGGCUAAUGUCUCAGAAGUAUCACUCACGUACUCCGAGUUCGAGGAUUAUGAUAACUACGAUGAGGAUGACAUGUACGACGACCUCAUGGAGAUAACGGCCAACCAGAACUCGUGGCGCUCCAAGAACAAGAUCCACUGCAUCACUUGCUGGAAGAAGUUCAAGACCUCGUCUGAGAUGAUGAAUCACAUGGAAAUGGGCAAAUGCCACUCCUACCUUGAUAGGAGUUCGAUCAUCUCAGCUAUCAAGAGUAGUGAUGAGAAGGUGGCGGAUGAUAGAGGAUAUUCACGUUUAAGCUGGCGUUGGGUCUUUUGAAUCGAUUACCUAAGGAUGCGACG